CUUCUCAAAGGAAGGAUAUAGACUUAGAGUUUUGUGGGUUCUGUUGAGAUUUGAUGGUUCUGGCUUUCUUUGAAAAUGGUCGUUUACCGUGCGUGAAUUCGGGUUCUUGGUCGCCUGAAAUUCUCAGGUCGUCAUGAUGUGGGGGAUGAGAAUUUUUGACUGUGUUUUCGCUGUCUCGUGGUGUUAUUUGGUGCUUUUUGCAGCAGCUCGGGUUACUGAUCCUACAGAAGUCCACGCAUUGCUAGCAGUGAAAAGCUAUUUAGAUGAUCCUAUGCAACAUCUCAGAAAUUGGAACAAGGGGGAUCCUUGCCGUUCAAACUGGACAGGAGUUCUAUGUCCUGCUACAGUUGGGACUGAUGGCCACUUUCAUGUUCAGGAGAUCCAGCUGCUAAAUAUGAAUCUUUCUGGAUUGUUAGCACCAGAGCUUGGCCAAUUCUCUCAACUUCUAGUAUUAGAUUUCAUGUGGAAUAAUUUGACUGGCAGUAUACCAAAGGAGAUUGGAAACAUUUCCACCUUGAAACUCUUGCUCUUGAAUGGUAACAAGUUCACAGGCUCUUUGCCAGAUGAGCUUGGCAACCUUUCAAAUCUAAAUAGACUUCAAGUGGACCAAAAUGAAAUUUCAGGUCAAGUGCCAAAAUCAUUUGCCAACUUAAGCCGUGUGAAACAUCUCCACUUGAACAAUAAUUCAAUAAGCGGUAAUCUUCCUCCUGAGCUUUCUAAAAUAUCCUCACUUGUUCACUUGCUUUUGGAUAAUAAUGACUUAUCUGGAUUUCUUCCACCAGAAUUCUCGAACUUACAAAACUUGCGAAUACUUCAACUUGAUAACAACAACUUCGGUGGGUCUGAGAUUCCACAUUCUUAUUCGAACUUUUCCAAACUAGUAAAAUUGAGUCUUAGAAAUUGCAGCUUGCAGGGAUCUAUUCCUGAUCUUAGCAGGAUAGUAAACCUUACCUUUUUGGAUCUCAGCCAGAAUCACCUUUCUGGAACAAUACCAUCAAAUAAGCUCUCUGAGAAAAUGACAACUAUUGAUCUUUCUGAUAACCAACUUGAUGGACCUAUUCCCAGAAGUUUCUCAGAUCUUCCUCAACUUGAAACACUGUCACUAGAUAACAAUCAUCUGAAUGGUUCAGUCCCUGCCAACAUUUGGCAGAACAUUUCCUUUAAUGGAAGCACUAGACUUGUAAUUGAUCUCAGAAACAAUUCACUAUCAAACAUUACAGGAGUUCUAAAUCCUCCAGUAAAUGUCACCUUGAGACUUGGAGGCAAUCCCAUCUGCAACAAUUCAAACUUGCCAAAAAAAGGUGUGUUCUGUGCAUUGGAAGCUGGAGAGGACCUGCCUAUGAACUCUACAAACUCAACAGUGGACUGUCAAAAGCAAUCAUGUCCAAUAGCUGAUUCCUAUGAAUAUGUCCCUGCAUCACCUCUGCGAUGCUUCUGUGCAGCGCCUCUCAGAAUUGGAUAUCGGCUGAAGAGCCCCAGUUUCACCUAUUUUCCUCCAUAUAUUGAUCAAUUUGACUUAUACCUCACUAGUUAUCUCAACAUGGACCCAUAUCAGAUGUCAAUUGAAUCUUAUAUACAUGAACAAGGACGUAUUAAGAUGUACCUAAAGCUUUAUCCAAGGGUCAGUGACCCCUCAAAUAGAUUUAAUGACAGUGAGGUUCUGCGCAUUAGAGGCUUAUUUACAACGUGGACAUUUCCUCCUAAUGACUUCUUUGGACCCUAUGAGUUGCUCAACUUCACUCUUCUGGGACCAUAUUCAAAUUUGCAUUUUGGAAAUGAAGGAUUAAGGAUUAGCAAGGGCAUUUGGGCAGCCAUUAUAUUGGGAGCCAUUGCCUCUGCAGUUGCAACAACAACAAUAUUAACAAUUCUAAUUGCAAGACAUCAUGCUAGACACCAGCGUGUACUCUCAAGAAAUCGUCCAUCGUCAAGAGCUUCUAUGAAAAUUGAUGGUGUGAAAACGUUCACUUUUAAAGAAGUGGCAUUGGCUACUGAAAAUUUUAAUAGCUCAAGUAAAGUUGGCCAAGGUGGUUAUGGAAAAGUGUAUAAAGGCACCUUACCUGACAGAACAAUUGUUGCCAUAAAGCGUGCUGAAGAAGGAUCUUUACAGGGCCAAAAGGAAUUCUUGAAUGAGAUAAAACUAUUGUCAAGGUUACAUCAUCGAAAUCUAGUUUCCUUGGUUGGAUACUGUGAUGAUGAAGCAGAACAGAUGCUGGUAUAUGAGUUCAUGCCUAAUGGCACCUUAAGGGACUGGCUUUCUGGUAAAGCCAAGGAAAACCUGACCUUCAGUAUGAGGUUAUGUAUCGCACUGGGUGCAGCUAAGGGAAUUCUGUACCUCCAUACUGAAGCAAAUCCUCCUGUAUUCCACCGAGAUAUCAAAGCCAGCAACAUUCUUCUGGACUCCAAGCUGAAUGCUAAAGUUGCUGAUUUUGGACUCUCACGGCUUGCACCUGCACUGGAGGAGGAGGGGACCGUACCUCAUCAUGUAUCCACAAUUGUGAGGGGGACACCAGGUUACGUUGAUCCAGAGUACCUUCUAACUCAUAAGUUGACAGACAAAAGUGAUGUUUAUAGCCUUGGAGUUGUAUUUCUGGAGCUGUUGACUGGUAUGCAUGCUAUUUCACAUGGCAAAAACAUUGUUCGAGAGGUGAAAAUGGCUUGUCAAUCAGGCUUGAUGUUAUCCAUCAUAGACAGUAAGAUGGGUGCAUAUCCAUCCGAUUGCAUUGAAAUUUUUGCAUCUUUGGCUCUCUGUUGUUGCAAUGACAAGCCAGAGAAGCGACCAUCAAUGAUAGAUGUAGUCAGGGAGCUAGAACGCAUACUCAAAAUGUUGCCGGAAACUGGAACUGUUUCUUCUGAAUUCACUUACAUGCAUUCCAGCAAGUCGUUGUCAUCAUCCUCGUCUUACAGUCACCAGGGCCAAACUGGAUCGUCUUGGAAUGUGUUGGGAAGUGAUGCCAUGAGUGAUGCUACUCUCGCUGUCUCACCUCGCUGAUCCAAUUAUAAUUUUGUUGUGGAGAAUUGCUUUUUAUGUUCGAAUAGACGAAAGAGAAGAGAAAGAAACAGCAGUUUCGACAUUGUAAAUGUAUUCACUUCUGGACAUGCAGUAACAUGCUCACACAAACUGGAGUACCUAAUUGAAAAGUAUUUAACCUUAGGGGUCAAUGUAUAUUUUGUGUUAAUGAAGCACGGUGUCGGAAAACCGGUUUAUACG